CACAAAGUACAUGUUCUCUAGUUCACAUUCUCCUUUCCCACCAAACACACAAAAAUAUUACUUUUGGCUUAGGGAAGAUGGAUUUCUCCAAAUUUAGAGCUUAUCUACCGCUUCUUUUGGUUAUGCUACCAAUGUUAGCAGCAACAGAGGAUAGUAUUCCUCCAGUUCUUGCUCCCUACUUUGACAAUAUAUGCAAUGAUGUGGACUGUGGGAAAGGAAGUUGCGAACAAGCACCAGGAAAGCCAUUCAACUUCAUUUGUAACUGUGAACGAGGUUGGAAACGGACUCACCAUGAUAAUGAUGAUGAUGAUGAUGAUGAGGAUGAUCUUCAGUUUCUUCCUUGCAUUGUUCCCAAGUGUUCUGUUGACUAUUCUUGCUUGCCAGCACCUCCACCAGCUCCACCAAUUCCACACAACAUGUCUUUCUUUGAUCCUUGCUACUGGAUUUACUGUGGAGAGGGGACAUGCAAAAAGAAUAUAACACAUGGACAAACAUGCGAAUGCGAAUAUGGUUAUUCCAAUCUACUCGGCAUCCCUACUUUCCCUUGCUUCAAUGAUUGUGCCAUUGGAUCUGAUUGCCAACAGCAGGGAAUUCGGCUUUUAAAUUCCACUGCAUAUUCUCCUGCACCUUCUCCAUCUUCAAUUUUUAAUGGAGGUGAUGACAAUAAUGGAGCUACAUCAUUUAUGCCCAAGAAUUCCCACUGGAUGGCUAUCCUUCUGGCCUCUGCAGCUAUGGCUUUACUCAACUAGGAAGAGGGGCUGGCUUUUUACUUCACCAUGAGAGAUAUUACAGUAUUUAUCAGGAUUACUGCUUGAUGCUUCAUCUAUACUAGCGCAUUGUACUUCAUUCAUUUGCCAGAUUCAUAUGUACUACAUAUAAUAAACAUGUGAUGGUGUGUCAUUUCUGUACAGAGUGUACUUUGAAUAUUAUUUCAGUUAUAGUAUUUGACUUUUCUUCA